GUUGUCAUCUUUUUUUCUUAGAUUGUAUGCAGGUCCUGAAGUUGAUAUCUGGAGCUGCGGUGUUAUCUUGUAUGCUCUUCUUUGUGGCACUCUCCCAUUUGAUGAUGAGCAUGUACCUACAUUAUUUAAGAAGAUCCGAGGUGGUGUUUUUUAUAUCCCAGAAUAUCUCAAUCGUUCUGUCGCCACUCUCCUGAUGCAUAUGCUGCAGGUUGAUCCCUUGAAACGAGCAACUAUCAAAGACAUACGAGAGCAUGAAUGGUUUAAACAAGAUUUGCCCAGUUACUUAUUUCCUGAAGACCCCUCCUAUGAUGCCAAUGUCAUUGAUGACGAGGCUGUGAAAGAAGUGUGUGAAAAAUUUGAGUGUACAGAAUCAGAAGUAAUGAACAGUUUAUAUAGUGGUGACCCUCAAGAUCAGCUUGCAGUGGCGUAUCAUCUUAUCAUUGACAAUCGGAGAAUAAUGAACCAAGCCAGUGAGUUCUACCUCGCCUCAAGUCCUCCAACUGGUUCUUUUAUGGAUGAUAAUGCCAUGCAUAUCCCCCCAGGCCUGAAACCUCACCCAGAAAGGAUGCCACCUCUUAUAGCAGAUAGCCCCAAAGCAAAAUGUCCACUGGAUGCACUGAAUACGACUAAGCCCAAAUCUUUAGCUGUGAAAAAAGCCAAGUGGCAUCUUGGAAUCCGAAGUCAGAGCAAACCAUAUGACAUUAUGGCUGAAGUUUACCGAGCUAUGAAGCAGCUGGAUUUUGAAUGGAAGGUAGUGAAUGCAUACCAUCUUCGUGUAAGAAGAAAAAAUCCAGUGACUGGGAACUAUGUCAAAAUGAGCUUACAGCUUUACCUAGUUGACAACAGGAGCUAUCUUUUGGACUUUAAGAGUAUUGAUGAUGAGGUAGUGGAGCAGAGGUCUGGUUCCUCAACACCUCAGCGUUCUUGCUCUGCUGCAGGCUUACACAGACCAAGAUCAAGUUUUGAUUCUGCAACUGUGGAGAGCCAUUCCCUUUCUAGCUCUCUCACUGGCUCUUUGACCGGAAGCACAUCAUCUUCAGUUUCACCUCGCCUGGGCAGUCACACCAUGGAUUUUUUUGAAAUGUGUGCCAGUCUGAUCACUACUUUAGCCCGUUGAUGAUCUGUCCCUAGUUGCUAUCUUUCUGUUAUUGCACUGUGAAAAUGAGGUAUAUUCUUUAAAUUAUUAUCUUACUUCUGGAUAACAUACUCUGCAAUACUAAUUGAGAGAUGUGAGUAUCUCCAGGGGACACACAAUGUUGGUGAAAUUACUGAAAACAAAAAAAUCUGACAUUUGCUUGUAGAAAUCUGCAGUUCUAUUGUGCCUAUGAUAAAUGCACAUAGGCAAUUCUUUAAUAGGUGAACAUUGAUGAAGAUUGUUAAUUACAAUUGUAAGUUCACUGCAAAUGAUUAAUACACCUCACUGACAAACCAUCUCAAUGUAAGGGUGGUUUGGCAACACCUUCUUGCUUUACUGUUUAGGUAAAUCCAGUUUACUUCCUAAAUUUCAGUAGGCCUUAAGCUGUUUUAUGUCCCUGUUUUCUUGCACAGGAAGAUUAGAAAGUAAAACAACCAUUACUAAGAUAUUAUUUAAAUGCUGAAAUCUUAAAAGCUUGCCCCCCAAAUUUCAGAAGCCAAGUUCUUCUAACAAUUCUUUACAGAUACUGCCUAGUGUUCAACAGAAAGGCUGUGGUCCUAUAACAGAUAACCACAAUUUCCAGGUUCCUUUAAAAAAGCUGCGACUGAUUCUGGAUUGUAUCUUGAUAUUUCCUUGAAUAAUAUAUUUAUCUUAAGAGCCUUCAACGUUCAAUUUAAUUUUGGAACAUCUGGAAUUGCAACAAUUUUCAUCUUUUCCAUAGACUUUUGUCAUUUUAAAAUAUACCUUCAAA